AUGGCCAAAAAGCAAAAAGACAAAGGCAAUGGCGUACAGAACCGUCCCGCCUACUCGCGUGUGUCAUUUCUCUACCAAGCAGCGACGCUCAUGGUCACCCCGAGAUUUCCAAACGCCACACCGGUCCCCACUCACCAAGCCGCAGAGGUCGCCGAGCCAACGGAGACAUCAAAAUCAGGUGACACAGCACCUGAGCAAACUCCCAGUCCUGAAAACCUACGAGGCAUUUCUCGUCGUUUUGUCACGGAUCUACGUCAGGUUGGGCUCAAGACUCAGAUCCGCAUGGAUCCGUCCAUCAAGCGCAAACUAUGCAAGUUCUGCGAUACCCUACUGGUCGAGGGCGAUUCCUGUACUUCUUUUGUGGAGAACAGGAGUAAAGACGGAAGCAAACCAUGGGCUGACGUCCUGGUCGUCAAAUGCAAAACAUGCCAAAGAGAAAAGAGGUUUCCUGUUGCGGCUCCGAGACAAAAACGGAGGCCGUUCCGGACUAAGGACAGCAAGGACAACGAGAAGCUCAAGGUCAACGAAACCCACGAUACAGAGAUGACGACCAGCUGA